CAAAAUAGGAGGAUUUUCAUGAUUUCCAACACUAGUCAAAUCUAAAAAGCAAAGCGGCUCGUCUCGAUUUGUCACACGGCAUAUUCUUCGCAUUUCGUGUUAAAACACAAGUCUAAAUAAAACUAAAAGUAUCAUCGAACAUUAGUUCUAACUAAAACUCGUUAAUAACUAUAAAGUAUCGCUCAAGAAAAACUACGAGAAUCAACAACAGCGCAAUAUGGCCGUUAACGUGUACUCUACAAAUGUGACUUCAGAGAACCUAUCGCGGCACGACAUGCUCGCCUGGGUGAACGAUUGCCUCCAGUCGCAGUUCUCCAAAAUCGAAGAGCUCUGCACGGGUGCCGCAUAUUGUCAGUUCAUGGACAUGCUGUUCCCCAAUUCAGUGCCCGUCAAGCGUGUCAAAUUCCGCACCAAUCUGGAGCAUGAGUACAUACAGAAUUUUAAGAUACUGCAGGCUGGCUUCAAAAAGAUGUCUGUGGAUAAGAUCAUACCAGUUGAUAAACUUGUAAAGGGACGUUUUCAAGACAAUUUCGAGUUUUUGCAAUGGUUUAAAAAGUUUUUCGAUGCCAAUUACGAUGGACACGAGUAUGAGCCCCUGCAGCAGCGCGGCGGCGUCCAAAUGGGCAACGGCAAGGGAUCGGGCGGUGCCCUCAUCAGCAACGAAGGCAGCGGCGUGGGCAGCGUCCACAACGAUAUCCACAUGAUGCAUCGUAAGGGAGCUCAGGCACCCCAGCCCAAACGUCUGGCGCCGAGCGUCCCUGCUAAUGAACCGGCAGUCUCCAAGGUGAUGCCGCGCACGAGCAGUACAGUGUCGCAGAGCAGAGUGGCUACCGCCACCAAUAUCACAGGAACAGUGAAGAAGAUCGAUGCGAGCAAUGCCGUCAGUACUCAGCAAAUCGACGAGCUGUCCAGCCAGGUCAUGGAAAUGCGCAUAAACCUGGAAGGUUUGGAGAAAGAACGCGACUUUUACUUCUCAAAAUUGCGCGAUAUUGAAAUACUUUGCCAGGAGGCCGAGGAAGGGGCGACCACUCCGUUGGUGCAAAAGAUAUUGGACAUACUCUAUGCGACUGAGGAUGGUUUUGCGCCCCCAGACGAUGCACCACCAGAAGAUGAGGAGUAUUAGGAGUUAUUUAAAACGAAACAGCCCACGACACACCACAUCAACGUCUGCAAACAUUUUCAAACCAGCAUGAGGAUAAGCAAGAGAUAGACACACACGUGUUGUAUGAAACAUAAUAACCCAAGUAAUGGCCACAUAACAAGGAUACGCGCGAACAAACAGCCACUAAACUCGUCAACUCCCCAGCAGCAAAUCCCCUGAACAUUUCCAAACAUUUGCCUUUAUUUUUUGAUUCGAAUUUGAUGUUGCUCCACUGCUCAAUUAUUCUAAAAUCGUGCCUAAGCUGGAUCCAAACAAAAACAAAUUCUACAUUGGUCAGCAUUUUCUAUCUAAAUUUUUGUGUGUUAGACAGAAUAAACUAAACAUUCACUAAAUUGUAAACCACCAAUUCCUCCCAUUGACAAAAUUGUUCACUACUGUGCAUAGAAAAAGUGUUAAAAGUCCUUCAGUUCAAGGAAGAUGCUUCUUCUCUUCUUUUUGACAGAUUUUCAAGAAAUUUAAUAAAUUUAUAAUUUUCAUGCAUUGUAUUUCCUCACUUUGAUGGUUUUAUGUGACGAUCAAAUGAAUCGAAGUUGUACAAUGUGAAAAGCAAACAUUGUAAUUGUAUUUAUCUAUUUCCAAAAUUCAACAAAAAUUGGCUGCAUAAUAUAAUAUGAAUAUAGAUCUUAAGUGAUUUUUGCUCUCGAUUCUGUUAGUUCUAUAUCUAUGUGUAGAACAAAUUGAACAAUGUUAAAGAGUUUAAAUAAACACAAACAUCUUUCUAAU